AUGGCUGAGAAACAGAAGAGACGUGAGAACCAACGUGCUUCUUUAAUGCAGAGAUUCUUUUGUUGGCCGGUUUGUCUGACCCGUCCUCAGACGUCUUCUCAGGACGACCUGAAUGAGGACAGCAGACAGAAAUACGAUGUGGACAGAGAGAACAGGAUCGUUAUGGAGGGAUUUCUGUUCAAGAGGGCCAGCAAUGUGUUUAAGACAUGGAACAGGCGCUGGUUUAUGAUUAAGGACAAUCAGCUCAUUUACAAGAGCAAGUCUAAGCGUGAGGCGACUGUGCUGAUAGAAGAUGUGAGAUUGUGUAGGAUUGAACACUGUGAGAACAUCAGACACAGCUUUCACUUCCAGCUGGUUUCACCCACUAAGAGGUGUUUUUUGAAAGCUGAUUCGGAGGAGAUUGGACAGGCUUGGAUGAAAGUAAUACAGAACAUCAUUACCAAGCCUGAUGAUGCUGACAGAUCAGACAGCUUGGAGCAAAACUCCUCCCCUCACUGUCCCUUGAAAAGAGGCGGUAAAGCUGAUGCAAGAGGCUCUCUCAGAAAAAAAGGAACACGCUUUCGACCCAAGAAAAAGGCUCCAACUCGACACUCUGGACUUCAACAAGGAAGAGCUAAAGCCAUCGGACCUGAGAAGAUCACCAGAGGACAGCUGACCCGACUGAAUCCCCAGUCUGGUAACCGUGACCUCAGCUGGCUUGGCUCUAGAGCCACUACCGUCUAG